UGGAGCAGUCGUAGUACAACUUUUAACCAGGAGAGUUCGUUUACGGUGCGGUUCCGCGUUCUGGUGGAAAAACUCUUUUUGGAAAUGUUGCGUCCGACGACGUUCGUCUGUGUUUUCGGCCUGCUAGCGGGGAUUUUAGCCCAAACAGAGGGCUUAGAUCCGAACCUGAGUUCGGGAGGCGCGGUGGCCCAUUUCGAGCCCCAAGUAGCCAUCCUGUGCGAUGCGGGACCCAGAGGGCAAGAGGCCUACCAGCCCAAAUACAUGACGGAGCAGGGCGAGUGGACCUCUGAUCUUCGAUCUAAAGCCGCCUGUCUCAGAGACAAAAUGGACAUUCUAAACUACUGCAAAAUGGUGUAUCCCAAACGGGACAUAACCAAUAUUGUGGAAAGCAGUCACUAUUUAAAAAUUGGGUCUUGGUGUAGAGCUGGUGCCACUCCCGGUUCUCAAUCUAGAGGAAAAUGCAAAACUGCACGUUGGGUUAAACCUUUCAGGUGUCUAGAGGGUCCGUUCCAGUCAGACGCUCUUCUAGUGCCCGAAAAUUGCAUGUUCGACCACAUCCACAACCAGAGCAACUGCUGGACGUUUGGUCGUUGGAACUCCACUGCAGGCUUAGCUUGUCAAGAUAAAGGACUUCAACUGCGUUCUUUUGCCAUGCUGUUGCCGUGUGGCAUCUCACUCUUUAGCGGUGUAGAGUUCGUGUGCUGUCCCAAACAUUUUAAAGAUAAUAUCAAACCAAAGAAACCGGUGGGCCUGAACAUUCUGAAGAAAGAACAAGAUGUUUUCUCUGAUGUCGUAGAUGAUGUCGAUGAUGAUUCCGAUGAGGAUGAUGAUAAAGACGAUUUAGACGAUCUUAUCGAUGAUACUGAGCUCUCUGACGACCCCGGCAUUGAUGAUGAAGACGAUGACGAUGAUGAAGACGAUGAUGACUAUGAUGAUACCGAUUGGGAUACGACACAACAAAGCACCACGAGCGCCGCGAAGCUUCCUUCUACAACCACCGCCACCACGACAACUACAACAACGACCACAACAGAAAGAACGACAACGGAAGCUACUCCCGACCCUUACUUCACGCAUUUUGAUCCCAGAAACGAACACCAAAGCUAUAAGGAAGCCCAAGAGCGUUUGGAAGAAACGCACAGGGAAAAAGUGACGCGGGUCAUGAAGGAUUGGUCGGAUUUGGAGGAAAGGUAUCAAGAUAUGAGAUCAAGCGAUCCCAGAGGAGCGGACGAGUUUAAGCAACGCAUGACGCAGCGAUUCCAGCAGACCGUUCAGGCUCUCGAGGAGGACGGUGACGCUGAGAAACACCAACUAGCUGCCAUGCAUCAACAGAGAGUCCUGGCACACAUCAAUCAAAGAAAGAAAGAGGCUAUGACAUGCUAUACACAAGCGCUUAACGAAAAUCCUCCAAACACUCAUCGGGUGCAGAAAUGUCUUCAGAAGUUGCUACGUUCCCUCCACAAGGAUCGGGCUCACGCCAUUUCACAUUAUCGUCACCUGUUAGGCAGCAGUAUUGAAGCGGCAGCCAGAGAACAGCCCAGAGUACUGGAACGUCUUACGGAUAUCGAUCGCACGGUAAAUCAGAGCAUGCAAAUGCUGAAGAGAUACCCAGAACUGGCAGCAAGAAUCGGUCAGCUCAUGGACGAUUAUAUCCAAGCUCUCAGAUCAAAAGACGAGACUCCUGGCUCCCUGUUAGCGAUGACUUCCGACGCCGAACAAGCCAUUCUGGACAAGUACAAGGCGGAAAUUGCCACUAAACAAGCGGAAAGGGAAAGACAAAGACUACAAGAGAAGGAAAGGAAGGAACAAAGGAAGAAGGAACGAAACGAAAUGAAGGAAGAAAAGAAGAGAGUUGAGGCGGCGCUUGGGAAGAAAAUCAGCAACAUUGACGACGAGGAUAUCGAGGAUGAGCCAGUUGACGAUGAAAAACCAUCCACACCAAUAUUCGUAGUAUCAACAGCUGAGAGUACUGCAGCUGAAACUGUAAGCAAUCUUGUAACAGCUACUACGGCCAGUCGCAAAGAAGUUGAUGACGUGGCAGUUCAAGAAGCGGUAGAAGAAGUAGCGAAGGCAGCUUCCCAUAGGCAGGACGUCAUUAGGGUAGCUCACAUCAUGUCCCACGACAUCAGUCACGGAGAACCAACAUUCUCCAUUCGUCGCGAAAUGUACGGCCGCAAAGACGGCAGUAGCGUCUACUUUACUCUGGCGUUCGCCGGCAUGGCCCUGAUGGCGGCCAUCGUGGUGGCAGUCGCGGUGGUCAAGCGUCGCUCGGCCCGCUCCCCUCAGAGCCAGGGCUUCGUCGAGGUGGACCAGGCGGCGACGCCCGAGGAACGGCACGUGGCCAACAUGCAGAUCAACGGCUACGAGAACCCAACCUACAAGUACUUCGAGGUGAAGGAAUAAGAGGCGCGCGAAGGAGCGACCCAGUCACCUAGGUUCAAAUACUGUGUUUCUUAAUAACGUACAACCGUAAACGAGUGUAAUUAGGCUGUUCGUAAAAUAACGUUUUCGUAUCAUUUUUGCUCUAUAGUCUGGAGUCUAGCCUACAUAUAAGUGGAAUUAUUGAAAUAGAUUUGUAACGUUCGGUCUUGCUUAAUUAUUGCGAGUCUACCACUUUUUUCCUCUGUCAACAUUUACGAAAUCUAUUUGGUAUUUUUCUUUCAUCUUUGUAGCAUGAAAUGGACAACUUAUUUCUCGUCCGACUGGGUAAUUGGAAAAUUAACUUCACCUUAACAUGACAUCAUGACAAUGAACUGUUUUUUAAGAUUUGUUGAUUGAAGAAGUUUGAUUGUUUUGGUUUGUUGCUUUAUUUUUAUUUAUUUUCGUUUUUUUUCGGUACAGUAUUGAUGUCUAAAUUACAGGUUACUAGGUUACUCUACUAGGUUAAGUUCAUACCUGCCCAAGAAAAGUGUUUAGAAUAUAAAGUAGGAACACGUUUUCAUGUAACUGAUUUCAGUUAUUCGAUAGUCGGAAAAAAGAGAAUGAUGCAUUUCCGCGAGCGAGAAAUUUUUAUGAUUUUGUGUUUGGGGAGGCUUCUAUAUACUGGAUGCUUUUUUUGUUUUUUUUUGAAAGUGAUUUCAAGUAAAAAAAACUUCACCCAAAAUAUCAAUCUGUUAAAACAAAGUAAAAGACCUGAUUGUGCAUACAUUAGAAAAUAGUAUCCAAUAUUAAAAAUAACUAUUAAAUUAAAACCUGAAUAUGUGUAGGAAGAAAUAAUCCAAAGUCAGAUAAACAUCGCGUAAAAGAUCGAUUAGCGAAGUAGAGCAACAUUAGAAAAUCAAAAAGUAUUAUCAUCGCCUGCUCAAUUACACUUGUUUACGAUCACACAUACCUCUCUUCAUUUCCGUUCCGUCUAGUUUCAGUAGGAAAUUCUUUUCGAAGCAAUAUGUUUACGUAUCUGUGGUUUUUAUGUGUUGAAUUUUCAGAUUAUAUUUUAUUGAUUUAGCGGUUAGCGGCGGCCUCGACAUGUUACCAAACCAUACUCUUUUCCAACAACCAUAAAUAUUAUCGAGGAUCUGUCGAGUCCCCUUUAAUCCACGUGGUAUUGAAUCAUUCCAAUUAAUUGUUUUUGUUUUUUUUUAUCUAAUCUAGAUCGUUAGUUCUUAGAAUAUUUGUACUUAAAUACUCUUAAUGCAACUUGAUAAUAAUAAUUCGACAUAUGCAAAAAAACAAACUAUAUAUAAAUAUUUUGGGAAUUAUGAAAAUCGUAAAAUAGAAAAAGUAAUAAUUUUUGCAUAUGACAGUCCAAUGUUUUUAAAAUAAUGUAACCUUUAGGCGUAUUGUAAUUAUACACUGAACGAAAGUGGUGUAGCGAUUGACAUCUCAAUUACAGAUCAAAAAAGAAGAGUGUAUCUUUACAAUAUAACAUAUAGCAGCUAGACUUAUAUGGUACCCUCCAUAUUAUACCUAAUAAAUUUAGAUCGUAACUGCAUGUUACUUGACAGCUUUUGUACAAAGUAUUAUUUUUGUUACAAGUUUAACCAAUUUUCCUACCACAUUAUUAUAUUUUAGGUGAUAGAUCGAGUUGAUAGCUAACUUGAAAGGGCACACGUUAUAUGCCUUCCCGUUCAUUAACAUCACUAAUACAAGUCAGUACCAUUUUAGUUAGUUUAGAAUUUGGAAUGGAUAUUUACUUUGACUAUCCAAUAAUCUGGACAAUAUAAAUUCUGCACGCAGAAAAAAUUGUUUAGAUAAUGAUAAGAAAAAUGCUUGGAAAAUGGCAAAAUUCUUGGGGGAAA